ACCGUGAGCAGAACGCACCCUCCUAGACUCUGACAUUUGCUUCCCUCUCAUGUUCUCAUCCAAUGUUGCAACUAUAUAACAAGCUGUAUUAGAGAGAAUGUCAGCGAGGUUUGAGGGCUGAAAUUCAUGCAAAACAAGCAACAUCAUGAGGAGCCGUAGUAACUCUGGGGUGAAACUCGACAAUUAUGCGCGGAUGGUUACGAAAACGAUACUACGUCACCAGGUGAGUGCACUGUGGGGCUAUUCAUGACAAUAUGUUUCCCUUGACAUGGUGUGUGUGUAGUAGCCUACUCAUUUACAUGCGUUCAGCUCAUGUAAAGCAAAAAAAAGAAUCCCAUGACUGACACUUAAAGGGAAACUCCCCUCAAAAACUAUAUUUUGGUAUUAUUUUUCAUUAGUCCACUGUUGAUACAGUCCCAAAAUAUUUUGCAUGUCAGCAGUCAAGUUUCCAAGAUAUUGAUGAUGUGGUCGAUUAUCUAAUAUUUUGAAAACUUGACUGCUGACAUGCAAAACAUCUUGGGACUGUGUCAACAGUGGACAAUUUAUUUUUAUUUUUAAGAUUGUCUUUGAGUAGAGUUGCCUUUAAGUCGAUCUCAGAUCGAUUGUCUGGGGGUUAACCUCCCUCCCCUUUCAUGUAAAAAAGUCAUCACCAACAUGCUUUUAGAGAAAGAGGAUUUUGUAAAUGUAUUAAACAGUGAGUUUGACCAAUUCCAGUCCUCUUGCUUAGGGGGUCCGAUAAUUUGUAUGUAGAAGGACUGAGAGGCUCAGUUCUGGGGAUCUUUUAAAAGGACUUUCUACUCUAAAAUGAAUUUUUAUUGCGGUUUUACACUGAUCUGAAAAACAAAUCCAUACUAGGAAAAUCUGAGGCCCAGCUAGGCCUACUUACUACCAGACAGAAACUGAAAUAACAAUUUGCAAUUUGAUUUAAGAUAAUUUGUAUUUUAAACUGCACUGCUUGCCUGUUGGAGCAAUUGAUAAUUUGCCACAUCAGUCAACAUAAACGGUGGUUACAAUUCAUUCACUAUGACUGGCUGAUUGUGUGUAAAUGAUCGUGGAUUUUGAUUUAAAAUCUAUUGAAAUCAUAGGAAGAAAUAAAAUGUCAAUAAUCAUUAUUAUUUCGAUUAUUAUUAUGAUUAUAAUUGCAUGUGAAUGCUUGCAAAUGGGUGAUAUUGUGUGUAAACAUUUAUGUUUAGUGUGCGUAUGUACACAGCAUGUAUGUAUGUAAUCACCAGCUGUAUAUGUCCAAUGAUACUGAAUGUGAUGUUAUGUUCCUCUUAUGAUCAGGAUCCGGUGACGGGGCUUCUCCCAGGGGACCCAGAUACCCCCCAUGCUUGGGUCCGGGACAAUGUCUACGGCAUCCUGUCUGUGUGGGCCCUCAGCCUGGCCUACCGCAAGAACGCUGACCGAGAUGAGGACAAGGCCAAGGCCUACGAGCUGGAACAGGUGGGUGGGCCCUUCCAGUUACCUGUCUGUCUCAAACCAGUAUUGUUUUUGAAUGGGAGUAACAAAUAAGUAUAUAUUUUGUAAUACCUGGCUGACAGUAACCCCUUAAUCAUCUUCACGGCUGUCCUGGGCAUAGGAGUGUAGCAGCUGUAAAUAGACCUAACUUGGUCCUGCCCAUGGUAGGUCAGUGUGUGUGUGUUGAUAUGAGUGUGUGUGUGUGUGUUCCCACAUGGAAAUGCCAGGGGGCAGGCCAUUACGCUGGGAACGGGUUUCAGGUUACUCUGAUUCUGCUGGUAGAUGGGGGAGGUUGAAGGUCAUGGUUGAGAUUGGGUGCUGACUAUUUCUCUCUCUAUCUCUCCACAGAAUGUAGUUAAACUCAUGAGGAGCCUGCUGCAGUGUAUGAUGAGGCAGGUAUGCUGGCAAGGAUUGUGCCAUUCGCAGUUGUAAUGUGGGCCAUGGAAAUAGUUUAAUCACACUUCAGCUUGCAUGCUGUGGUGGUGGUUUAAUGUAUCAUUAAGCAAAGGAAUUCAAAGGAAAGGUCACUGUUUGAAAUAAACUCUUAAGAUGACAUGUUAGUAGAUCAACAUGCUGUAUACAGAUGACAGAAUAUGACCUGUGGCUUCUCUUUUAGGAUUAGCCUACAAACUGCAGUUGACCAUUUCCUUUUUAUUGACCUCAAAGAUGGUCUUAAGUCCUGGUGUUUGUGGUUGUUCCAUUUUUCUCAGAUUGACAAAGUGGAGAAGUUUAAAUACAGCAAGAACAAAUCUGACUGCCUGCAUGCCAAGUAUAACUCCCAGACAACUGCCACAGUGGUGGGAGACGAUGAGUGGGGUCACCUGCAGGUGGAUGCCACUUCCAUAUUCCUGCUCUUCCUGGCCCAGAUGACUGCAUCAGGUAAACUCAUACUCCACUGUGUGCCCCAGUGGCGUAGUCAUGAUUUGAACAAUGGGGUAGACACAUUUUGGCGUGGGGUCUGGGGGUCUUUCCCCAGAAAAAUAUAUAAACUUGAAAAUGCAUUUUCUGCAUUUUAAAGGCCCAAUGCAGCCAUUUCAAUAUCACAUUAUUUUUGGGUAACAAUUAAGUACCUUACUGUAAUAAUAGUUUUCCAUUAAAAUGGUCAAAAAGAACCAAAAACAGCUUUUAGCCCCAAAAUAUAAUUCAAGCAGUAAUUUUGCAUGACUGUCUGGGAGUGGUCUGAGUGGGGAGGGGAAGGGCACCAAAGCAGUGCAUUAACCACAAUGUGGAUCAAUCCACCAGCAUAGAGGUGUGAUGGGCCCCCGUGUAGCUCAGUUGGUAGAGCAUGGCGCUUGCAACGCCAGGGUUGUGGGUUCGUUUCCCACGGGGGGCCAGUAUGGAGAAAAAAAAUGUAUGCAAUCACUAACUGUAAGUCGCUCUGGAUAAGAGCAUCUGCUAAAUGACCCCAAAAAAAAGGGUGAUUUGAAGGAGUCAGGCACAGGAGGGUAAAUCACAGAAUACAGAGUUUAUUCUGUAAUACAGCCUUACGCAGAAUAGCGUCAACCAGUCCAGUCCGCAAAACACCGCACUGGAACAAAACAGGCACACGGGGAAAAUAUACCCCGGCAAUACAAAAUACAUGGAGCUCAACCGAGGUACACUCACCUCACAUUAAACAAUCACCCACAAGGACAAGGGGGCAGAGGGAACACUUAUACACAUACUAAUGAGGGGAUAUGAACCAGGUGUGUGUAAUAGACCAGACAAAACAAAUGGAAUGAUGAGAUGUGAUGCGGCAGUGGCUAGAAGGCCGGUGAUGACGAACGCCGAAGCCUGCACAAACAAGGAGAGGAGGCAGCUUCGGAGGAAGUCGUUACAAGAGGGGCCUAAUAGGAGGGAUAUGUAACCUGGAAAUGAGCUGUUAUUGACAGAGAAGUUUCGAACUCUCUUUGUUAUUGGUGUAUUAACUUAUGCCACCUGGUGAUGUCACCUGGCAAGCCAAAAUUCCACCCAUGCAAAACCUGCUGAUGCGAAAGUCCUGUGUAGAUAGAAUUUUCAACCAGCAACUAUUACAUAUCACAUUAUAACAUUUUCACACUUUUAAAGUGUUUGUUUCUUCAGCUGUUGUAUAAUAUGAUACAAAACACAGGAAAAAUAGAAUUGACCACCAAGAUUACCAUUUUUGCUAACAAUGCCUGCAGUACCGCAGUCGGCCUUGAACUUCUGUGGCUUCAACAGAGGGGGCAGUCAUUCUCCCCUGGCUUGCACCCAAAGAUAUUGAAAAUGUGGCAGGUUCCUGUCAUGCCAAAUAGUGUCAACUGACAAAUAGUGUUCAGCCCCUGUGUCACAAUGGGCUAAAACAGGGUCAUACAGGGUGUUUUUGGGAAGUCUUACAAAUCUUCAUGGUAUCAAAAGUAUACACCUCACAUAUGGUUUUGGUUCAAAUUGAAGAAGGCACCUGUCUCAUGUCAGAUAUUGAGUUAAAUGUGUUUAAGUUUACAUCCCAAUAUUACACUUUAAUAUACAGCACAGAAGAUUAAAAUAUAAAAAACAGUUGUUUAUUUUUUUAGGUGUAUACAGUGAGAAACACUGUACAAAUGGAAGAAACACAAAAUAACUGUCAAUCUCCCUCGGCCUGGGGCUCCAUGCAAGAUCUCACCUCAUGGAGUUGCAAUGAUCAUGAGAAUGGUGAGGAAUCAGCCCAGAACUACACGGGAGGAUCUUGUCAAUGAUCUCAAGGCAGCUGGAACCAUAGUCACCAAGAAAACAAUUGGUAACACACUACGUCGUGAAGGACUGAAAUCCUGCAGCGCCCGUAAGGUCCCCCUGCUCAAGAAAGCACAUAUACAGGCCCGUCUGAAGUUUGCCAAUGAACAUCUGAAUGAUUCAGAGGAGAACUGGGUGAAAGUGUUGUGGUCAGAUGAGACCAAAAUCGAGCUCUUUGGCAUCAACUCAACUCGCCGUGUUUGGAGGAGGAGGAAUGCUGCCUAUGACCCCAAGAACACCAUCCCCACCGUCAAACAUGGAGGUGGAAACAUUAUGCUUUGGGGGGGGGUUUUCUGCUAAGGGGAUAGGACAACUUCACUGCAUCAAAGGGACGAUGGACGGGGCCAUGUACCGUCAAAUCUUGGGUGAGAACCUCCUUCCCUCAGCCAGGGCAUUGAAAAUGGGUCGUGGAUGGGUAUUCCAGCAUGACAAUGACCCAAAACACACGGCCAAGGCAACAAAGGAGUGGCUCAAGAAGAAGCACAUUAAGGUCCUGGAGUGGCCUAGCCAGUCUCCAGACCUUAAUACCAUAGAAAAUCUGUGGAGGGAGCUAAAGGUUCGAGUUGCCAAACGUCAGCCUCAAAACCUUAAUGACUUGGAGAAGAUCUGCAAAGAGGAGUGGAACAAAAUCCCUCCUGAGAUGUGUGCAAACCUGGUGGCCAACUACAAGAAACGUCUGACCUCUGUGAUUGCCAACAAGGGUUUUGCCACUAAGUACUAAGUCAUGUUUUGCAGAGGGGUCAAAUACUUAUUUCCCUCAUUAAAAUGCAAAUUAAUUUAUAACAUUUUUGACAUGCGUUUUUCUGGAUUUUGUUGUUGUUAUUCUGUCUCUCACUGUUCAAAUAAACCUACCAUUAAAAUUAUAGACUGAUCAUGUCUUUGUCAGUGGGCAAACAUACAAAAUCAGCAGGGGAUCAAAUACUGAAGAGGGCUAUUCAAAGAUGCUCUGUUGGUCGACAUUCCAGUGUUAAUUUUGGAACUCAUUUUUUUUUUGUCUUAGUCACAUUUUUGUCAUUUGAGUAGUUAUUGUCAACAUUUUGAAAACAGUGGGCCAUUUUAGUCAACGAAAUGCCCUUUCAUUUUAGUCACAUGUUAGUCACAUUACAUUUUAAUUGCCUCAUUAACCUAUAGUAAACAUAAAUCACAACGUAUCACAUGAUUCUCUUCCCAACAGCCAAAUUGGCAGAAUAACACAUUACUCUGUAGCAGAUAAAACAUCUAACCCCUUGACAGGGCUCCAGACUAACAUUUUCUCCUGGUGGCACUGGUGCCACUAACUCUUUCAGUUGGUGGCACCAGCCCAUGAUUUGGUCACAAAUCUUUUUCAGCAGCAUCAAGCAAUAUAAUACUUUUUUUAAUCACCUUAUAAAGUCAUUCACAGUGCUUUAGACUGUGCGGUAGACUGCUGAAAUGGUAGGCUAUUCAUGAAAUAAGUUUAUUCAUCUGACAUGUCCAAGCAAGAAUGCAUGAUUCAAGAUAUUUUGAUGUGCAACCUAAUCCAGUGAUUGUCAUGAAUUGUGGGUUGACAGUAGGGUAUUGUUGUUAUAUUUGACUGUUAAAGUAGGGCUCUAUUUGUCUGCAUCUUUUUGUGCACUAACAACAUCGGCAAAUUUAUUUUGGGGCUGAUUCAGUGAAACCUCAAAGCACAUUAGCUAGAUCUCUAACACUAAAUAUAAUACCCACUGCUAGUAGUCAUGUAUUAAUCUAACAGUAAAUGUAAUGUCCUAAAACGAUGCAGUUGUAGCCUGCUACUCUAUAAGCUCUUGCAGUGGCUGAUGCGCAAUUGCGCAAUUCCUAUCUAAAAGCCAUAUAUCAAAUCCCAGUUGUAAAAUAGUUGCUGUUGAGCUCAAUUGGAUUUUGAAAUGUUCUAGAAUCAGAAGCCUUUUUCUCUCUCCUGGAGUGCUAUCAAGUCGCUCGCUCAUUACAGCAGCAGGCCCCAGGGAAACAGGCCCCUACAGGCCCAGGGGCUGGGCAGACACUUUCAUUACAGGACUCAUGAUGAUAAUGCAGUUUACUGUUUGACCAAAUCAUGGUUUUAGCAGCCAAGAAAUGUGACCAUGUAAUGAAUGUUCAGCUCGCACUAAUGCAACCAAUUAAACAUUUAACUCACAGCCAAGUCGAAAGGUAGCAAAAUGAGAUUAAAUGGUCCUCUUGACAUACAGUGGGGAAAAAAAGUAUUUAGUCAGCCACCAAUUGUGCAAGUUCUCCCACUUAAAAAGAUGGGAGAGGCCUGUAAUCUUCAUCAUAGGUACACGUCAACUAUGACAGACAAAAUGAGAAUUUUUUUUCCAGAAAAUCACAUUGUAGUAUUUUUAAUGAAUUUAUUUGCAAAUUAUGGUGGAAAAUAAGUAUUUGGUCAAUAACAAAAGUUUCUCAAUACUUUGUUAUAUACCCUUUGUUGGCAAUGACACAGGUCAAACAUUUUCUGUAAAUCUUCACAAGGUUUUCACACACUGUUGCUGGUAUUUUGGCCCAUUCCUCCAUGCAGAUCUCCUCUAGAGCAGUGAUGUUUUGGGGCUGUCGCUGGGCAACACGGACUUUAAACUCCCUCCAAAGAUGUUCUAUGGGGUUGAGAUCUGGAGACUGGCUAGGUCACUCCAGGACCUUGAAAUGCUUCUUACGAAGCCACUCCUUCGUUGCCCGGGCGGUGUGUUUGGGAUCAUUGUCAUGCUGAAAGACCCAGCCACGUUUCAUCUUCAAUGCCCUUGCUGAUGGAAGGAGGUUUUCACUCAAAAUCUCACGAUACAUGGCCCCAUUCAUUCUUUCCUUUACACGGAUCAGUCGUCCUGGUCCCUUUGCAGAAAAACAGCCCCAAAGCAUGAUGUUUCCACCCCCAUGCUUCACAGUAGGUAUGGUGUUCUUUGGAUGCAACUCAGCAUUCUUUGUCCUCCAAACACGACGAGUUGAGUUUUUACCAAAAAGUUCUAUUUUGGUUUCAUCUGACCAUAUGACAUUCUCCCAAUCCUCUUCUGGAUCAUCCAAAUGCACUCUAGCAAACUUCAGACGGGCCUGGACAUGUACUGGCUUAAGCAGGGGGACACGUCUGGCACUGCAGGAUUUGAGUCCCUGGCGGCGUAGUGUGUUACUGAUGGUAGGCUUUGUUACUUUGGUCCCAGCUCUCUGCAGGUCAUUCACUAGGUCCCCCCGUGUGGUUCUGGGAUUUUUGCUCACCGUUCUUGUGAUCAUUUUGACCCCACGGGGUGAGAUCUUGCGUGGAGCCCCAGAUCGAGGGAGAUUAUCAGUGGUCUUGUAUGUCUUCCAUUUCCUAAUAAUUGCUCCCACAGUUGAUUUCUUCAAACCAAGCUGCUUACCUAUUGCAGAUUCAGUCUUCCCAGCCUGGUGCAGGUCUACAAUUUUGUUUCUGGUGUCCUUUGACGGCUCUUUGAUCUUGGCCAUAGUGGAGUUUGGAGUGUGACUGUUUGAGGUUGUGGACAGGUGUCUUUUAUACUGAUAACAAGUUCAAACAGGUGCCAUUAAUACAGGUAACGAGUGGAGGACAGAGGAGCCUCUUAAAGAAGAAGUUACAGGUCUGUGAGAGCCAUAAAUCUUGCUUGUUUGUAGGUGACCAAAUACUUAUUUUCCACCAUAAUUUGCAAAUAAAUUCAUAAAAAAAGAUUUUCCUCAAUUUGUCUGUCAUUGUUGACGUGUACCUAUGAUGCAAAUUACAGGCCUCUCUCAUCUUUUUAAGUGGGAGAACUUGCACAAUUGGUGGCUGACUAAAUACUUUUCUUCCCCACUGUAUUAUAGCUAUUGUAAUCAAAGUUCUGUCAUAAGUAGUGGUCUGAUAGGUUGCAGCAAGCUAAGUAUCAUUAUCAAUCUGUUAUUACCUGAGCAUAUAUAUUGGGAUGAUACACUUUCAGAUGUCUCUUGAGGUUGGUAGUAUUUUAUAUGGUUCCUUUUGAAAGCCCACUCCUUUCGAAACCCCCACUUUUCCUGAGAGAUGACAUAUCAGUAGAUGGCAGCAUAGAGACCCUGAGGGAUGACUGCUCUGAGAGAUGACAUAUCAGUAGAUGGCAGCAUAGAGACCCUGAGGGAUGACUGCUCUGAGAGAUGACAUAUCAGUAGAUGGCAGCAUAGAGACCCUGAGGGAUGACUGCUCUGAGAGAUGACAUAUCAGUAGAUGGCAGCAUAGAGACCCUGAGGGAUGACUGCUCUGAGAGAUGACAUAUCAGUAGAUGGCAGCAUAGAGACCCUGAGGGAUGACUACUCUGAGAGAUGACAUGUCAGUAGAUGGCAGCAUAGAGACCCUGAGGGAUGACUGCUCUGAGAGAUGACAUAUCAGUAGAUGGCAGCAUAGAGACCCUGAGGGAUGACUACUCUGAGAGAUGACAUAUCAGUAGAUGGCAGCAUAGAGACCCUGAGGGAUGACUGCUCUGAGAGAUGACAUAUCAGUAGAUGGCAGCAUAGAGACCCUGAGGGAUGACUGCUCUGAGAGAUGACAUAUCAGUAGAUGGCAGCAUAGAGACCCUGAGGGAUGACUGCUCUGAGAGAUGACAUAUCAGUAGAUGGCAGCAUAGAGACCCUGAGGGAUGACUACUCUGAGAGAUGACAUAUCAGUAGAUGGCAGCAUAGAGACCCUGAGGGAUGACUGCUCUGAGAGAUGACAUAUCAGUAGAUGGCAGCAUAGAGACCCUGAGGGAUGACUGCUCUGAGAGAUGACAUGUCAGUAGAUGGCAGCAUAGAGACUCUGAGAGAUGACGCUAUUGGUCCUUCCUAACUCAGUUGCCAGAGAGGAAGGAAGCUGCUCAGGGAUUUCACCAAGGCCAAUGGUGAUUUUAAAACAGUUACAAAGUUUAAUGGUUGUGAUAUGAGAAAACUGAGGAUGGAUCAACAACCUUCUAGUUACUCCACAAUACUAACCUAAAGGACAGAGUGAAAAGAAGGAAGCCUGUAUAGAAUACAAAUAUUCCAAAACAUGCAUCCUAUCUGCAACAAGGCACUUAUGUAAUACUGCACAAAAUUUGGCAAAGAAAUUAACUUUUUGUCCUCAAUAAAAAAUGUAUGUUCCAACACAACACAUCACUGAGGAACACUGACAGGGCUUGAAUAAUUUAAAAAAGAAUAAUGGGCAAAUAUUGUACAAUCCAGGUAUGCAAAGCUCUUAGAGACUUACCCAAAAAUACUCACAGCUGUUAGGCGUUUCUAACAUGUAGGGGGGUAUCAGGGGGUGAAUACCUAUCUAAUCAAGAUACAGUGGGGGAAAAAGUAUUUGAUCCCCUGCUGAUUUUGUACGUUUGCCCACUGACAAAGACAUGAUCAGUCUAUAAUUUUAAUGGUAGGUCUAUUUGAACAGUGAGAGACAGAAUAACAACAAAAAAAUCCAGAAAAACGCAUGUAAAAAUUUUUAUGAAUUAAUUUGCAUUUUAAUGAGGGAAAUAAGUAUUUGACCCCUCUGCAAAACAUGACUUAGUACUUGGUGGCAAAACCCUUGUUGGCAAUCACAGAGGUCAGCCGUUUCUUGUAGUUGGCCACCAGGUUUGCACACAUCUCAGGAGGGAUUUUGUUCCACUCCUCUUUGCAGAUCUUCUCCAAGUCAUUAAGGUUUCGAGGCUGAUGUUUGGCAACUCGAACCUUCAGCUCCCUCCACAGAUUUUCUAUGGGAUUAAGGUCUGGAGACUGGCUAGGCCACUCCAGGACCUUAAUGUGCUUCUUCUUGAGCCACUCCUUUGUUGCCUUGGCCGUGUGUUUUGGGUCAUUGUCAUGCUGGAAUACCCAUCCACGACCCAUUUUCAAUGCCCUGGCUGAGGGAAGGAGGUUCUCACCCAAGAUUUGACGGUACAUGGCCCCGUCCAUCGUCCCUUUGAUGCGGUGAAGUUGUCCUGUCCCCUUAGCAGAAAAACACCCCCAAAGCAUAAUGUUUCCACCUCCACGUUUGACGGUGGGGAUGGUGUUCUUGGGGUCAUAGGCAGCAUUCCUCGUCCUCCAAACACGGCGAGUUGAGUUGAUGCCAAAGUGCUCGAUUUUGGUCUCAUCUGACCACAACACUUUCACCCAGUUCUCCUCUGAAUCAUUCAGAUGUUCAUUGGCAAACUUCAGACGGCCCUGUAUAUGUCCUUUCUUGAGCAGGGGGACCUUGCGGGUGCUGCAGGAUUUCAGUCCUUCACGGCGUAGUGUGUUACCAAUUGUUUUCUUGGUGACUAUGGUCCCAGCUGCCUUGAGAUCAUUGACAAGAUCCUCCCGUGUAGUUCUGGGCUGAUUCCUCACCAUUCUCAUGAUCAUUGCAACUCCACAAGGUGAGAUCUUGCAUGGAGCCCCAGGCCGAGGGAGAUUGACAGUCCUUUUGUGUUUCUUCCAUUUGCGAAUAAUCGCACCAACUGUUGUCACCUUCUCACCAAGCUGCUUGGCGAUGGUCUUGUAGCCCAUUCCAGCCUUGUGUAGGUCUACAAUCUUGUCCCUGACAUCCUUGGAGAGCUCUUUGGUCUUGGCCAUGGUGGAGAGUUUGGAAUCUGAUUGAUUGAUUGCUUCUGUGGACAGAUGUCUUUUAUACAGGUAACAAACUGAGAUUAGGAGCACUCCCUUUAAGAGUGUGCUCCUAAUCUCAGCUCGUUACCUGUAUAAAAGACACCUGGGAGCCAGAAAUCUUUCUGAUUGAGAGGGGGUCAAAUACUUAUUUCCCUCAUUAAAAUGCAAAUCAAUUUAUAACAUUUUUGACAUGUGUUUUUCUGGAUUUUGUUGUUGUUAUUCUGUCUCUCACUGUUCAAAUAAACCUACCAUUAAAAUUAUAGACUGAUAAUUUCUUUGUCAGUGGGCAAACGUACAAAAUCAGCAGGGGAUCAAAUAUUUUUUUCCCGCACUGUAUCAGUUUUUUAUUUUUCAUAUUUUUAAAAAUAAAUGUUAGAAUUUAUCUUCCACUUUGACAUUACAGAGUAUUUGGUGUAGAUCAUUGACCGAAAAUGACAAUUAAAUCAAUUUUAAUCCCACUUUGUAACACAACAAAACGUGGAAAACGUCAAGGGUUGUGAAAACUUUCUGAAGGCACUGCAGGAACCUGGAAUACAAUAUGCAGUACAUAUAAAUAAAUACUCACCAAUACAAUUUAAAUAAGGGGCAAUGUUCAAAUGUUCAAGUGAGGAUGUGUUCGCAUCACAGGUGCUUUCAUUGGAAUGAAAAUUAUUGGAGGGGUGGGGAUCAAAUAGCCCUCUGGAAAAAAAUUUUGGGGGGUACAAGUCCACCUCUCUUAUAUACCGACUGCUCCUUUGGUGUACCAUCUCCUCCCCUCCAGUAUUGCUGCAACCUUAAUAGAUGCAGUCCGGGAUAAGCACUUACAAAUUCAUAACAUAUUGUAUGAAUUGGAAUUCGGAACAUAUCAUAUGAAUUGCACACAAACAAACACAAGUACAUUUGCAGGACGUAACAUAUGAAAUGAUUUUGGAAGCUAUAGAAAUGCAUUUAUUAAUUUCAUUUGUUUUUGACAAGUAUAUUCUAUUACGGAGACCUUAAUGCAUAUUUUUUUAUGAUAUUAUAUGAACUGAAGAAAAACAUAAAAAGAUAUGUAAAAAUCUAUUCCUUAAAGUAUUUUUGAAUCAUGUCUGCUGUCAUUGGCAGGCCUUCACAUCGUCUACACUCGGGAUGAGGUGGACAUCAUCCAGAAUCUUAUGUUCUACAUUGAGGCCGCAUAUAAAGUGGCAGUAAGUUAUCUUUUUGACAUGAUGUUGAUGAUCAGUGCAUUUGCUGAGUGCUACAGUAGUCACGUGUCUUUGACCUAGAAGUAUGAACCAGUUGUUCUUCAGUUUGAUUUGUCUUGAUUUUCUCAGGAUUUUGGAAUGUGGGAACGUGGGGACAAGACAAACCAGGGGAUUCCUGAGAUCAACGUCAGCUCAAUCGGCAUGGCAAAAGUAAGUUGUCCCUUUACGCAAUAUAUACAUUUACGUCAUUAGCAGACGCUCUUAUCCAGGGGGUAGAAGGAUUACUUUUAUACUAUUCCAGGUAUUCCUUAAAGAGGUAGGGUUUCAAGUGUCUCCGGAAUAUGUACUGUAUAUCAAUAUUUACAUUUUUUACAUUUUAGUCAUUUAGCAGACGCUCUUAUCCAGAGCGACUUACAGGAGCAAUUAGGGUUAAGUGCCUUGCUCAAGGGCACAUCGACAGAUUUUUCACCUAGUCGGCUUGGGGAUUAGAACCAGCGACCUUUCGGUUACUGGCACAACGCUCUUAACCACUAAGCUACCUGCCGCCCCUAAUAUCUGUCGCCCCCUAAUAUCUGUUGACUUUUUGGAAUUAUACUUAUGGAACACGGUUGAUAGUAUUGAGUAGGCACAAAUCACAGACACCAAUAACACUCAGCCAAUUAUGUAUGACCUUCCCUCCUUUCUUUCAUCAACUAGCAAUACAUGUGACCUUUACUGUGGGUGAUACCCAUGGGUAUAAUUUCAGAAUCAUAGUAAUGUGUGCGCGCUAACAAAGUGAUAUUGACCACAGCCAUCUAUUUUCCUAUGUGUGUCUGUAGGCUGCACUUGAGGCCCUGGAUGGGCUCAAUUUGUUUGGAGCCAAGGGGGGUCAUGAAUCUGUAGUCCAUGCAUUAGCUGAUGAUAUUCAGCGUUGCACGGUAAGGCUUAUAAUGACCAUAGAGAGGACAGGAGCCCAAGCUCCCAGCAACAUGUUUUCUCUCACUUUCUCAAGUCUUUGAAGAAUAAAUAACUCUCUCCCUCCCCCCUUUUCUCUCUCCCUUUAUACGGUCAGUCUAUCCUUAGUUCCAUGUUACCAAGAGCUUCCACAUCCAAAGAGGUGGAUGCUGGGGUUCUGUCCAUUAUCUCGUACCCAGCGUUCGCUGUGGAAGACAUUGACAUCGUUAAUAUGACCAAGGAGGAAAUCAUUUCCAAGUUGCAGGUGAGGUUGUCCUCUACCAUUACGUUUAGUGCUGUCCUUGUUUGGAGUUUAUCUAUUGAACAGUUUGUGUUAUAUAUUAGCCUUUUAAUAGUCUAGUAUUAACUGUCGAGGAGAGUACUGUAUAUGAAACGUGUGGUGUAUUGGAAUAGGAAGGUAAUGAUAGGGCCAGUCAGUGCAGUACGCCGACAUUCUCUGUCUGUUAGAGCAGACCACUGUAAUGAUGACUGUAGCAUGAAAGCACAGCCCAUAUGGUUGAUGUGUCACUAGGUGUCUCUCUAUCUUUCCUCUUAGGGGAGAUAUGGAUGCUGCAGGUUCCUCAGAGAUGGACACAAAACCCCCAAAGAGGUGAAAAUGAUAUUUAAUAUUUAUGUUUUGUCUCUCUUUUUGACUGGCCAAAAUAUCUACCCUCACAGCCUUCUCCCACCCCCAACUGAUGAACGGAUUCCUUUGUGUAUUUUGAUAUAUUGUUUACAUAUUCCUCCAGGACCCCAGUCGCAUAUAUUAUGAGUCAUCUGAGCUGAAGCUCUUUGAGAAUAUUGAAUGUGAGUGGCCACUUUUCUGGACUUACCUCAUUCUGGAUGGGGUCUUCAUCAACAGCCCUGAGCAGGUCAGUCAGGGGGGAUGUGGACAUAUAAUGGCCAGCAGGUUAUUGGCACCAUUCUGAGACCGCAUCCAUUCAUCCAUCAAGAGUUUGUCCUGUAUCAUCAGGUGCAAGAAUACAGAGACGCUCUGGAGGCUAUUAUGAUCAAACAGAAGGAUGGCCUUAGCCUGGUGCCUGAGCUCUAUAGUGUCCCUGCAGACAAGGUGAGGGCCACACUCAUCUUAAUUCAUUAUCAUAAUAAUAGAUUCCACAUAGAAUAUACAGCAGGUCAAAUUAGCACUGUGUGUGUUGUUUUAAACAGGUAGACGAGGAGUAUGUGAAUCCCCAUUCUGUAGAGAGAGUUCCCAUGGGCAAGUUACCUCUGAUGUGGGGACAGUCUCUGUACAUACUGGGAAACCUGCUGGCUGAUGUAAGUUCAUUUAUUCAAUGCUUUCGGUAACAUUUUGUUUGGAUAGUCCAUCUCUACAGACUAUCUACAGACUAACUUUAACCCUUAUCCUAACAUUAAACUUAACCCUUACCCCAACCCUAGCCCUAACCUUAACCCUUACCCUAACCCUGAUUCUAAACCUAACCCUAACUGUAACCUUGGCAAGCAGUUGCUUAUCAACAGAUAGUUUGUUGAUAGUAUGUCCAUCUGUAGAGCAUCUAUAGAUGGAAAAUCUGGACUAUCCAAAUAAAGUGUGGCCCUUCUUUCUUUUAUUACACUACACAGGGGCAAGAUGUUCAUUAUUCUUGAAAAUUGAUCAUUAUUUCUCCUUGAUGGAUGAGGUGUUAACAGUACCCCAACACAAUGUAGAGCUCAUUGAAAUCUAAAUGCAAUUUCAGUAACUACUAUGAUCAAUCAACAUUAUUAGGGUUGCUCGUCAGUCAGAGGGUGAAUGGCACAGAUACACAAUCCAUGUCUCAAUUGUCUCAAGGCUUAAAAAGCAUUAUUUAACCUGUCUCCUCCCCUUCAUCUACAGUGGGGAAAAAAGUAUUUAGUCAGCCACCAAUUGUGCAAGUUCUCCCACUUAAAAAGAUGAGAGAGGCCUGUAAUUUUCAUCAUAGGUACACGUCAACUAUGACAGACAAAUUGAGAUUUUUUUUUCAAGAAAAUCACAUUGUAGGAUUUUUAAUGAAUUUAUUUGCAAAUUAUGGUGGAAAAUAAGUAUUUGGUCACCUACAAACAAGCAAGAUUUCUGGCUCUCACAGACCUGUAACUUCUUCUUUAAGAGGCUCCUCUGUCCUCCACUCGUUACCUGUAUUAAUGGCACCUGUUUGAACUUGUUAUCAGUAUAAAAGACACCUGUCCACAACCUCAAACAGUCACACUCCAAACUCCACUAUGGCCAAGACCAAAGAGCUGUCAAAGGACACCAGAAACAAAAUUGUAGACAUGCACCAGGCUGGGAAGACUGAAUCUGCAAUAGGUAAGCAGCUUGGUUUGAAGAAAUCAACUGUGGGAGCAAUUAUUAGGAAAUGGAAGACAUACAAGACCACUGAUAAUCUCCCUCGAUCUGGGGCUCCACGCAAGAUCUCACCCCGUGGGGUCAAAAUGAUCACAAGAACGGUGAGCAAAAAUCCCAGAACCACACGGGGGGACCUAGUGAAUGACCUGCAGAGAGCUGGGACCAAAGUAACAAAGCCUUCCAUCAGUAACACACUACGCCGCCAGGGACUCAAAUCCUGCAGUGCCAGACGUGUCCCCCUGCUUAAGCCAGUACAUGUCCAGGCCCGUCUGAAGUUUGCUAGAGUGCAUUUGGAUGAUCCAGAAGAGGAUUGGGAGAAUGUCAUAUGGUCAGAUGAAACCAAAAUAUAACUUUUUGGUAAAAACUCAACUCGGCGUGUUUGGAGGACAAAGAAUGCUGAGUUGCAUCCAAAGAACACCAUACCUACUGUGAAGCAUGGGGGUGGAAAACAUCAUGCUUUGGGGCUGUUUUUCUGCAAAGGGACCAGGACGACUGAUCCGUGUAAAGGAAAGAAUGAAUGGGGCCAUGUAUCGUGAGAUUUUGAGUGAAAACCUCCUUCCAUCAGCAAGGGCAUUGAAGAUGAAAUGUGGCUGGGUCUUUCAGCAUGACAAUGUUCCCAAACACACCGCCCGGGCAACGAAGGAGUGGCUUCGUAAGAAGCAUUUCAAGGUCCUGGAGUGGCCUAGCCAGUCUCCAGAUCUCAACCCCACAGAAAAUCUUUGGAGGGAGUUGAAAGUCCGUGUUGCCCAGCGACAGCCCCAAAACAUCACUGCUCUAGAGGAGAUCUGCAUGGAGGAAUGGGCCAAAAUACCAGCAACAGUGUGUGAAAACCUUGUGAAGACUUACAGAAAACAUGUCAUUGCCAACAAAGGGUAUAUAACAAAGUAUUGAGAAACUUUUGUUAUUGACCAAAUACUUAUUUUCUACCAUAAUUUGCAAAUAAAUUCAUUACAAAUCCUACAAUGUGAUUUUCUGGAUUUUCUUUCUCAUUUUGUCUGUCAUAGUUGACGUGUACCUAUGAUGAAAAUUACAGGCCUCUCUCAUCUUUUUAAGUGGGAGAACUUGCACAAUUGGUGGCUGACUAAAUACUUUUUUUCCCCACUGGUUGAAGUGGAUUUAACAAGUGACAUCAACAAGGGAUCAUAGCUUUCACCUGGAUUCACCUGGUCAGUCUAUGUCAUGGAAAGAGCAGGUGUUCUUAACGUUUUGUACCCUCAGUGUAUAUAAACUCAGCAAAAAAAGAAACGUCCUCUCACUGUCAACUGCGUUUAUUUUCAGCAAACUUAACAUGUGUAAAUAUUUGUAUGAACAUAACAAGAUUCAACAACUGAGACAUAAACUGAACAAGUUCCACAGACAUGUGAAAUUGUAUAAUGUGUCCCUGAACAAAGGGGUGGCCACCAGCUGCAUUAAGUACUGCAGUGCAUCUCCUCCACAUGGACUGCACCAGAUUUGCCAGUUCUUGCUGUGAGAUGUUACCCCACUCUUCCACCAAGGCACCUGCAAAUUCCCGGACAUUUCUGGGGGGAAUGGCCCUAGCCCUCACCCUCUGAUCCAACAGGUCGCAGAUGUGCUCAAUGGGAUUGAGAUCUGGCCUCUUCGCUGGCCAUGGCAGAACACUGACAUUCCUGUCUUGCAGGAAAUCACGCACAGAACGAGCAGGAUGACUGGUGGCAUUGUCAUGCUGGAGGGUCAUGUCAGGAUGAGCCUGCAGGAAGGGUACCACAUGAGGGAGGAGGAUAUCUUCCCUGAAACGCACAGCGUUGAGAUUGCCUGCAAUGACAACAAGCUCAGUCCGAUGAUGCUGUGACACACCGCCCCAGACCAUGACGGACCCUCCACCUCCAAAUCGAUCCCGCUCCAGAGUACAGGCCUCAGUGUAAAACUCAUUCCUUCGAUGAUAAACGCGAAUCCGACCAUCACCUCUGGUGAGACAAAACCGCGAUUCGUCAGUGAAGAGCACUUUUUGCCAGUCCUGUCUGGUCCAGCAACGGUGGGUUUGUGCCCAUAGGCGACGUUGUUGCCGGUGAUGUCUGGUGAGGACCUGCCUUACAACAGGCCAACAAGCCCUCAGUCCAGCCUCUCUCAGCCUAUUGGGGACAGUCUGAGCACUGAUGGAGGGAUUGUGCGUUACUGGUGUAACUCGGGCAGUUGUUGUUGCUAUCCUGUACCUGUCCAAAGUUUUCAUAACUGUGACCUUAAUUGCCUACCGUCUGUAAGCUGUUAGUGUCUUAACGACCGUUCCACAGGUGCAUGUUCAUUAAUUGUUUAUGGUUCAUUGAACAAACAUGGGAAACCGUGUUUAAACCCUUUAAAAUGAAGAUCUGUGAAGUUAUUUGGAUUUUUACAAAUUAUCUUUGAAAGACAGGGUCCUGAAGAAGGGACGUUUCUUUUUUUUGCUGAGUUUAUAUAUUGUUUGUGUGUAUGUGUUCACCUUUAUGGGUUGUUUAUUUGUAUGUAUUGGGCUUUAGUUGAGAUUAUUCUUUACAGAGUCAAGUAUAUUUGUCCAGGCCUCAAUUGUUCCUUGACUAGCACCAUUCAUUCUCGCUGUUGAUAAUUAUAAUGUUACAACUUCUAAUAGUAACUGUAUCCACUGGCGAAUUGGAAGAGAGUGAAGUGAUUGACAUCUAGGAGCCAACAUCUUUUUUGCGGCAGUGCUGCCUGCCAGCAGUAAUCGUCUCUGAUUGAUUGAGAUAUUCAAGGUGCUAUCAUCGUUAAGUCACAUAAUAGAUGCAAAGCAUAGAACAUUUAUAUGAAUUUUGUAACUUUGCCCCAGGGAUAUAUCAGUGAAGACCACAUCUUCCAGGGCAAUAGGAAACACCAUAUUUCUCUCUAUACUCAGCCAGGGGGCGGAAUAAUCAUGUCUAAAACAAUUUAGGAUGGGGUGAAAUGCCUGGAAAUACAAUUUAAAGUUUGGAACAGUCCUCCUACGUCUUUCCCUCUUUGCAAGUUUGUUAAUUUUAUCCAGGCUCGCUUACCUUGCCAUAUAGAGUGCCUUCGGAAAGUAUUCAGACCCCUUGACUUUUUCCACAUUUUGUUAGGUUACAGCCUUAUUCUAAAAUUGAUUUAAUAGUUUUUUCCUUCAUCAAUCUACACACAAUACCCCAUUAUGACAAAGCAAAAACAGGUUUUUAGACAUUUUUGCUAAUUCAUUACAAAUAAAAAACUUAAAUAUCACAUUUACAUAAGUAUUCAGACCCUUUACUCAGUACUUUGUUGAAGCGCCUUUUGCAGCGAUUACAGCCUUGAGUCUUCUUGAGUAUGACGCUACAAGCUUGGCACACCUGUAUUUGGGGUGUUUCUCCCAUUCUUCUCUGCAGAUCCUCUCAAGCUCUGUCAGGUUGGAUGGGGAGUGUUGCUGCACAGCUAUUUUCAGGUCUCUCCAGAGAUGUUAGAUCGGGUUCAAGUCUGGGCUCUGGCUGGGCCACUCAAGGACAUUCAGAGACUUGUCCUGAAGCCACUCAUGUGUUGUCUUGGCUGUGUGCUUAGGGUCGUUGUCCUGUUGGAAGGUGAACCUUCGCCCCAGUCUGAGGUCCUGAGCGCUCUGGAGCAGGUUUUCAUCAAGGAUCUCUCUGUACUUUGCUCCGUUCAUCAUUGCCUCGAUCCUGACUAGUCACCCACUCCCUGCCACUGAAAAACAUCCCCACAGCAUGACGCUGCCACCACCAUGCUUCACCGUAGGGAUGGUGCCAGGUUUCCUCCAGAUGUGACACUUGGCAUUCAGGCCAAAGAGUUCAAUCUUGGUUUCAUCAGACCAGAGAAUCUUAUUUCUCAUGGUCUGAGAGUCUUUAAGUGCCUUUUGGCAAACUCCAAGCGGGCUGUCAUGUGCCUUUUACUGAGGAGUGGCUUCCGUCUGGCCACUCUACCAUAAAGCCCUAAUUGGUGGAGUGUUGCAGAGACGGUUGUCCUUCUGGAAGGUUCUCCCAUCUCCACAGAGGAACUCUAGAUUUCUGUCAGAGACCAUCGGGUUCUUGGUCACCUCCCUGACCAAGGCCCUUCUCCCCCGAUUGCUCAGUUUGGCCGGGCGGCCAGCUCUAGGAAGAGUCUUGGUGGUUCCAAACCUCUUCCAUUUAAGAAUGAUGGAGGUCACUCUGUUCUUGGGGACCUUCAAUGCUGCAGAAAUGUUUUGGUACCCUUCCCCAGAUCUCUGUCUCGACACAAUCCUGUCUCUGAGCUCUACGGACAAUUCCUUCGACCUCAUGACUUGGUUUUUGCUCUGACAUGCACUGUCAACUGUGGGACCUUAUAUAGACAGGUGUGUGCCUUUCCAAAUCAUGCCCAAUCAAUUAAAUUUACCACAGGUGGACUCCAAUCAAGUUGUAGAAACAUCUCAAGGAUGAUCAAUGGAAACAGGAUGUACCUGAGCUCAAUUUCGAGUCUCAUAGGAAAGGGUCUGAAUACUUAUGUAAAUAAGGUAUUUCUGUCUUUUAUUAUUAAUACAUUUGCAAAAAUUCUAAAAACCUGUUUUCGCUUUGUCAUUAUGGGGUAUUGUGUGUAAAUUGCUGAGGAUUAUUUAUUUUUUAAUCUAUUUUAGAAUAACGCUGUAACGUAACAAAAUAUAGAAAAAGAUAAGUGGUCUGAAUACUUUCUGACGGCACUGUACAUUUUGAAACCACACUAUGGAUUUUAUCCCAGUAGCCAGAAGGGAGAGCAUUUGGUUAUUUCUGAUCAAUUUAUACAUCUGAAACUGACUGUAAAUACUCUAAAUGAUUUCCUUGUCCUUUGUAGGGCUUUUUAGCCCCAGGAGAGAUUGAUCCUCUGAACAGACGGUUGUCCACUGUAUCCAAACCUGAUGUUGUGGUUCAAGGUAAGAUGGUUUCACCAGGCAGUCUGGAAGAAGAGAAGAUAUUGACCUCAGCAGGAGAAUACACAUAUUUGUAGUCAUAAUGUGUGCAGUGGAUGACUGUGUAAUAAAUUGCAGUACAAAAUGUGCAAUUUAGAAGAGAUUGUGCCUAAUUGAGUCUCAUAAACCUGGUUCAAAUAAUUAAUUCUCUAGCAGUUAAUUGUUUUGAAUUACUUAUAGCAUACACUAGAGACUCCUUCGUUAAGCUCUUGAGGCUCCUCCAAACUAGACAAAAUUGAAGUGUUCUUUCUUGUCUGAUUUGCUUUCAGUGUCCAUCCUAGCUGAGACGGACCACAUCAAACAUCUGUUGAUGAAACAGGGGAUAGAUGCUGAGACCUUGGAGGACAUCCAUCCUAUCAGAGUCCAACCCUCCAGGGUGUUGAGCCACAUCUAUGCAAGGCUAGGUGAACUGAACACUGCACCUAGAGAUACAUGAAAAGGAUAAAGAUACAGCCUUAUGCUUGUGCUAAUAGCUUUUGUUGUUUAUUAUGUUAAUUUGACCCCUUGCCUUUAAGAGCCCAUUUAUGUGAUGUGUAAGGCAUGUUUAGAAAUAUAAUGUAUGCCAUGAUUGUCCGAGUAACUCUUCACCUUGUUGGCCAUGCAGGUCGCAACCAGAGACUAGGCCUCACUGGGAGACCAUACAGACGCAUUGGCACUCUGGGGACAUCUAAGUUCUACAUCAUCCGUGACACCGUCUUCUCCUUCACCCCUCAGGUGAGAUAAAGCCCUGUCAGAAUAUGUUGUGUGUUAGCUACCAGCUGUUGCUUACACACAGCACUGACAUCUCCCUGUCUCUCUUGUUAUGUUCAGUUCAUUGACCAUCAGGAAUUCUACUUGGCAUUGGACAACCACAUGAUAUUGGAGAUGCUGCGUAAUGACCUGUCCUACCUGGCUUCCCGCUGGAGAAUUACUGGCUGUCCCACUGUCUCCUUCCCUAUCUCAUCCAAUAUGCUCAGUACGUCACUUGACCUGACCACCGCCCCAUCAUGACUCUGCAGCCUAAUCAAAUAGUAUACGUAACGUACUCCUGACAAUCUACUCUCUGGAACUCUAUUGCAGCUGAUGACCAUAAAGAGCUGGACCCUGCAGUAUUAGCCGUUCUGAGAAAACUACAAGAUGGUUACUAUGGAGGAGCAAGGUGAGGUGUUCCUCAUAGAAGAAUGGCUAAUUAGAUAAUAGGAUUGAGUUCCAUUGACUGGCCUAUUAGAAUUAUCAAUAUCAGUGUCGAAACCAGAAAAGGACAUUUCCUUCCGCUUGCUUGUCUUUUUUUUUAGGUAUUUAUGGUUGUGAAAUAGUAGUAGUGGUAGUGGUAGUGACGGCAGUAGUAAUGGUAGUACUACUAAUGGUAGUUUUCAUAGGCUAUGUGUAAGUUCUAGUGCGUUAUUUUGGGGUAGUUGGUAGGUGUGGAGUUAUUAUAGUGGGUUAUAGUAGGCUAGUAUAGCAGGCUAGAGUGAGUACUUAAGCUCUGAAAAUGUUUUAGUUUGAACAUUCUGAUAGUUCUGUGGCAGUGAUUUCAGUUUAGAAUGUUGAAGCCUUUAUUCCGCCAUUGAAAUGAAUGGGGAUACAACAAGCUUUAUAGUUUAUAAAGUGUGAAUGGUAGCAAAAAGCUGUAUUGAAGCAAUCUAAGUUGAGUCAGUCUGCACAUUUCAACAUUGGGUUGGUGUUUGUAGCUGAAACGGAUCAAGAGCAGUGGCGAAUCCAACAUUUGCCUUUGAAGUCUAUGGAGCUUUUAUGCAAAUGUUGAAUGGUUAUAGUUUAUAAAGCACAAAUAAUAUCAACAAUCUUUUGAUAAGAAAUAUACAUUGGUUCAGUAUGUUGGUUUGGAGUUUGUAGCAUAAAUGGUUCAAGAGCAGGGGCGAAUCCAAAAACAUCCUAUUGUAGCCUGUGGAUCGUUUAUGCUAAUAUAAAAUCGUUGUAGUUGAAAAAGUAUAAUCAGUAUAAAAAUUAUUUUGACAAGCAAUUAAUUGUUAUUAAUUCAGCACAUUUUAACAUUGGUGUAGUGUCCAAAUUUACCAUUGAAGUCUAUGGAGCGUUUAUUAAAAUGUUAAAUGGUUAUAGUUCAAAAAGUAUACGUAGUAUCAACACACUUUUGACAAGCAAUGUAAGUUGAGUCAGUCUGCAUAUUUCAGAACUGGUUUAGUGUUUUUACCAUAAACGGUUCAAGAACAGUGGCGAAUCCAAAUAUUUUCAAUUGAAGCCUAUGGAGCUUUUAUGCAAAUGUGAAACGGUUAUAGUUCAAGAAGUAUACAUAGUAUCAGAAAGCUGUAUACAAGCAACCUAUUCCAGUUUUAAAGUUUGAAUGCCGUUUCUAGCUUAAACAGUUAAAGACUAGUUACGACCAGAAUUUUUACGAUUCAAACCAAUGACCAUUGAAAUCCAUUGGGAGUAAUGCAAAUAUGGUUGUAGUGUGAAAAUUACAAGUAGUAUCAAAAAGUUGUUUUCAAGCACACUGAAGACAGUCAGCCUGCACGUGUUGUUCAGGUGUUGGUAGCUUUUACGGCUUUGGCGCUACAGGUGGCAGCGGAAGGCAAAUAAUAAGAGUAAGUGUCAGAUUUCCAAAGUUGUUCUUGCUUUCAGCAAGCACACCUAAUGACAUGGGUUGCUCUUCCCCUCCUCAUGCAGGGUUCAGACAGGGAAACUGUCCAAGUUCAUGAACACUUCCUGUUGCUCUCAACUGUCCUUCAUGGACGAUGGUGAGCAGGGUGGUGACUGCAGUGGUCACCAUGACAACAGUAUAUGUGUGGUUACAAUGCUGUUGGAGCUGUGCAUGGCCUGCUAGUGUAAUGAUGGUAGGGAGAUGGGUUAGAGUGGGUAAAGCCUAGGAAAAUGACUGGUCUCAGGCAAAACACCCCGAGAUCCUAAAGUUAGCAAAAAGAUACAGUUGGUCGGAAAUUUACAUACACCUUAGCCAAACACAUUUAUACUCAGUUUUUCACAAUUCCUGACAUUUAAUCCUAGUAACAAUUACCUGUCUUAGGUCAGUUAGGAUCACCACUUUAUUUUAAGAAUGUGAAAUGUCAGAAUAAUAGUAGAGAGAAUGAUUUAUUUCAGCUUUUACUUAUUUCAUCACAUUCCCAGUGGGUCAGAAGUUUACAUACACUUAAUUAGUAUUUGGUAGCAUUGCCUUUAAAUUGUUUAACUUAGGUCAAACGUUUAGGGUAGCCUUCCACAAGCUUCCCACAAUAAGUUGGGUGAAUUUUGGCCCAUUCCUCCUGACAGAGCUGGUGUGACUGAGUCAGGUUUGUAGGCCUCCUUGCUCCCACACGCUUUUUCAGUUCUGCCCACAAAUGUUCUAUAGGAUUAAGGUCAGGGCAUUGUGAUGGCCACUCCAAUACCUUUACUUUGUUGUCCUUAAGCCAUUUUGCCACAACUUUGGAAGUAUGCUUGGGGUCAUUGUCCAUUUGAAAGACCCAUUUGCGACCAAGCUUUAACUUCCUGACUGAUGUCUUGAGAUGUUGCUUCAAUAUAUCCACAUAAUUUUCCUUCCUCAUGAUGCAUUUUUACAUUUACAUUUUAGUCAUUUAGCAGACGCUCUUAUCCAGAGCGACUUACAGUUAGUGAUUAGUAUAUAUAUAUAUAUAUUUUUUUUUUAUAUAUUUUUUUUUUUUUAUACUGGCCCCCUGUGGGAAUCAAACCCACAACCCUGGUGUUGCAAACACCAUGCUCUAUCAACUGAGCUACAUCCCUGCCGGCCAUUCCCUCCCCCUACCCUAGACGACGCUGGGCCAAUUGUGCGCCGCCCAUGAGUCUCCCGGUCGCGGCCGGCUGCGACAGAGCCUGGAUUCGAACCAGGAUCUCUAGUGGCACAGUUAGCACUGCGAUGCAGUGCCUUAGACCACUGCGCCACUCAUGAUGCCAUCUAUUUUGUGAAGUGCACCAGUCCCUUCUGCAGCAAAGCACCCCCACAUCAUGAUGCUGCCACCCCCGUGCUUCACGGUUGAGAUGGUGUUCUUCGGCUUGCAAGCUGCCCCCCUUUUCCUCCAAACAUAACGAUGGUCAUUAUGGCCAAACCGUUCUAUUUUUGUUUAAUCAGACCAGAGGACAUUUCUCCAAAAAGUACGAUCUUUGUCCCCAUGUGCAGUUGCAAACUGUAGUCUGGCUUUUUAAUGGCGGUUUUGGAGCAGUGGCCUUUUCCUUGCUGAGCGGCCUUUCAGGUUAUGUCGAUAUAGGACUCGUUUUACUGUGGAUAUAGAUACUUUUGUACCCGUUUCCUCCAGCAUCGUCACAAGGUCCUUUGCUGUUGUUCUGGGAUUGAUUUGCACUUUUCGCACCAAAGUACGUUCAUCUCUAGGAGACAGAACGCGUCUCCUUCCUGAGCGGUAUGACGGCUGCGUGGUCCCAUGGUGUUUAUACUUGCGUACUAUUGUUUGUACAGAUGAACGUGGUACCUUCAGGCGUUUGAAAAUUGCUCCCAAGGAUGAACCAGACAGAUUUUUUUUCUUAGGUCUUGGCUGAUUUAUUUUCAUUUUCCCAUGAUGUCAAGCAAAGAGGCACUGAGUUUGAAGGUAGGCCUUGAAAUACAUCCACAGGUACACCUCCAAUUGACUCAAAUUAUGUCAAUUAGCCUAUCAGAAGCUUCUAAAGCUAUGACAUCAUUUUCUGGAAUUUUCCAAGCUGUUUAAAGGCACAGUCAACUUAGUGUAUAUAAACGUCUGACCCACUGGAAUUGUGAUACAGUGAAUUAUAAGUGAAAUAAUCUGUCUGUAAACAAUUGUUGGAAAAAUUACUUGUGUCAUGCACAAAGUAGAUGUCCUAACCGACUUGCCAAAACUAUAGUUUGUUAACAAUAAUUUUGUGGAGUGGUUGAAAAACGAGUUUAAAUGACUCCAACCUAAGUUUAUGUAAACUUCCGACUUCAACUGUAGGUUUUCCUAUUUUCACAUUGCCGUAAACCAUUGUCAAUACAACAACAAAGCCUGUUUUGAUUGUGUUGCUUCCUUUCCCUGUUGUCAAUUCCCACACAACUAACCAUCUUAAAAUCUGCCUACCAUCUCGGUAAGGAGACUGAAUUCCUGGUUGUCUGUGACCUUUUCUUACAUUUUAGUAAUUUAGCAGACGCUUUUAUCCAGAGCGACUUACAUUAGUGAGUGCAUACAUUUGUCAUGCCUUUUCUUCCUUGAGAAGUUGUAUUGAAGUUCUAGUAGAAGGAAGUCCAUAUUUAGUGGAUGUUGGCUUUCAUGCUAGUUUUGUAUCCAAGUACCUUCUGUAUUGCUGGAUUCUUGAUGAUAAUAAGUGAACUUACCUAACUGACAGUGUACUGGCUGGCUGCACGUGUCGCUUAUUUUGUAAGCAUGCUUAUAGGUUCCUUGAAAGAUAAUUUACGUGUGUGUGUGUGCGUGUCUGUGUUUUUCGUGUGUGUGUUUCGUGUGUGUGUCCCACUCUUUUCAGAGGUGGAUGACUUGGCUCAGUACCUGGACCAGUUGCUCUCCAUACCGAAACACAGCGAAAAGAUCAGCUCCCAUAAAGGCGGACUGAACCGCUUCCGGGCGUUGGCCAGAAAGACCCGUGAGAUGGUCUCACUUGUGCACAAAGCACGGGAGCUCGACAUCCACAGUGAGCCGCAUGCCUUCUACUCUAUCUGUCAUUUGUGGAGGAUUUUGAUCUUGAAAUGUAUUUCAGAUAAACCCCACACACACAUCUGUGUAUCAUGACAAUGUUCCUCUGACCCCUCCCUUCACAGACGUGCACAUGUACCUCCCUACCAAACUGUUCCGCUCCCCUCAGCCAAGCCUUCAUCUGAUGGAUGCAGAUAGCAUGGUAUGAUGUUGUACCUUGUGAAUGUCAUCUCUGUGGAUUAUUAACCAGCAUGAUGUUGUACCUUGUGAAUGUCAUCUCUGUGGAUUAUUAACCAGUAUGAUGUUGUACCUUGUGAAUGUCAUCUCUGUGGAUUAUUAACCAGUAUGACGUUGUACCUUGUGAAUGUCGUCUCUGUGGAUUACUAACCAGUAUGAUGUUGUACCUUGUGAAUGUCAUCUCUGUGGAUUAUUAACCAGUAUGAUGUUGUACCUUGUGAAUGUCAUCUCUGCUGAUUAUUAACCAGUAUGAUAUUGUACCUUGUGAAUGUCGUCUCUGUGGAUUAUUAACCAGUAUGAUGUUGUACCUUGUGAAUGUCAUCUCUGUGGAUUAUUAACCAGUAUGAUAUUGUACCUUGUGAAUGUCAUCUCUGUGGAUUAUUAACCAGUAUGAUGUUGUAUUGCCUGUUGUAUCCACACAACACUGAGUUGUACGUACAACAUGUUUCUGUCUCCCAGCGCUCCAAUGCCACCCCUCCAGCCCAGAUUAAUCUUCCCAGGGACACGAAUGGAGGUAUAGACUACCAGGCCCUGGUGCAGGUGCUGAAGCAGACACAAAACCUUCAGGACCAGGCAGACAUCCUCUACAUUUUCUUCAAAGACAAGUAAGGACCCAUUCUAAACCAUUAAUCCCCUAUACCCAAUGAGUUUAGCAUGGUUGAUUUUCCUGGUAGAUUCAUGCUAGCUAGGUAGAUUUAGUAGAGAUAAGCUGAUUUGUGUUUGUGUGUGUGUGUGUGCAUGUGCGUGCGUGUGUGUGUCAGGGGUAUGGACUGGGACACUAAGAUGCACGGUAAAGGCUCCACCGUUAGACGGCUGCUGAGCAAUCUGUAUGACAAGGCUGGGAACCUGAGACACUGGGGCCUCGUCCGCAUGAUCUCUGGCAUGCUCCGGAAGAAAGUGGAGGAGCUCGACGAGGUAUCUAUGCGCUCACUGCCCAUCUCACUGUCACACUACAUCAUUAAUCUGUGGUCCUCUGUAGCUCAGCUGGUAGAGCACGGCGCUUGAAACGCCAAGGUAGUGGGUUCGAUCCCCGGGACCACCCAUACACAAAAAUGUAUGCACGCAUGACUGUAAGUCGCUUUGGAUAAAAGCGUCUGCUAAAUGGCAUAUUAUUAUAUUAUAUUAUUAAUAGGACUUGUAACACUUGAACUUGGUGUCGGAAAUUGGCCGCAAAACCACAGUGUGACACAUUUCAAAUCCAUUCAUAACGGUUUAUCCUUCUUACUCAUGUUGAUUCAUGCACUGUUAUUUAGGUUAGCCAACAUACAUGGUUGAUCAAAUCUGAGUUCUUAAAUGACAGGAAGGUAGUGCCACGUCUCAGGUGAUCAGAUAUACUAUUCCAAUGUUUUUUUGACCUAUGAACUUUAGGUGUUUUGCUUUGUUGACAGGCCUGUUCAGAUCUGCUGGCCCACCAGAAGCACCUGACAGUGGGUCUCCCCCCUGAGCCAAGGGAAAAGACAAUUUCAGCGUGAGCUCACCGUCGUCAAUCCCUCACACACCAUCCUCAUGACAGUAUUCCGCAUAUAUUUUAGAAAGAGACAAAAUAGAGACAAGACAGAAACAAGCUCUGCUUUGUGAGUGAUAAACAAGAUGUUAUCAAUGUAUCCACACAGCCCCAUGCCCCCUGACAAGCUGGCAAAGCUAAUUGAUGUGGCCAGUGAAAAUAAUCUGACCAUCGCCAUUCUCACUCAGGUAAGGAAAAUAUGAACGCUCAUUGAUCAGAUAUACAAAUGAUAAUUCUGAAUGUAAUGCUUACUACUAGUCCCAGCGGUAUGUUAUGUAUUGGUUUGUGACGCAGCAUGCUGUAAACAGGUGUUUGUGUUCCCCCUGCAGGAGAUCAUGGUGUUCCUGGCAAUGUGUAUCCGCACCCAGCCAAAGCUCUUUAGUGAGAUGUUCCGUCUCAGAAUCGGACUGAUCAUCCAGGUUAUGGCUACUGAGCUGUCCCAGUCUCUCAACUGCUCUGGUGAGCUAACAUAACACUAAUGCUAGGGUCAGAUGUUAUAACCUUUGGAUUGAUCUUAAUAAUGGUUUCUUUCAUUAUGUUAUACAGUAUAUUACGUUAUCACUACAUUAGAUGUUUGCAGACAGUCGGGCACAUUUUAAAACAACAAUUUCUAUCAUCUGUAUCUGCUGUAUCUUUUUUUUUAAUAUUCUUUUAAAUAAAAAUGUUUGGGUGGUAGAUUAGCUUUAAUAUUGCAGAUAGAUUGUAACUUCCAUCAAUGUAAUUGUCUGCAUCACUUCCAAUCCCCCAUGGGUUUUUUUCUCGCAAAUAUAUAUAUAUAUAUAUAUAUAUAUAUAUAUAUAUAUACAUACAUACAAAUAAAUACAUAUAUAAUAUAUAUAUAUAUAUAUACAUACAAAUAAAUACAUAUAAACACAUAAACAUACAUACAGUUGAAGUCGGAAGUUUACAUACACCUUAGGGCAAAUACAUUUAAACUCAGUUCUUCACAAUUCCUGACAUUUAAUCAUAGUACAAAUUCCCUAUUUUAGGUCAGUUAGGAUCACUACUUUAUUUUAAGAAUGUGAAAUGUCAGAAUAAUAGUAGAGAGAAUGAUUUAUUUCAGCUUUUAUUUCUUUCAUCACAUUCCCAGUGGGUCAGAAGUUUACAUACACUUAAUUAGUAUUGAGUAGCAUUGCCUUUAAAUUGUUUAACUUGGGUCAAACAUUUCGGGUAGCCUUCGACAAGCUUCCCACAAUAAAUUGGGUGAAUUUAGGCCCAUUCCUCCUGACAGAGCUGGUAUAACUGAGUCAGGUUUGUAGGCCUCCUUGCUCGCACACGCUUUUUCAGUUCUGCCCAUAAAUGUUCUAUAGGAUUGAGGUCAGGGCUUUGUGAUGGCCACUCCAAUACCUUGACUUUGUUGUCUUUAAGCCAUUUUGCCACAACUUUGGAAGUAUGCUUGGGGUCAUUGUCCAUUUGGAAGACCCAUUUGCGACCAAGCUUUAACUUCCUGACUGAUGUCUUGAGAUGUUGCUUCAAUAUAUCCAUAUAAUUUUCCUUCCUCAUGAUGCCAUCUAUUUUGUGAAGUGCAUCAGUCCCUCCUGCAGCAAAGCACCCCCACAGCAUGAUGCUGCCACCCCUGUUCUUCACGGUUGGGAUGGUGUUCUUCGGCUUGCAAGUGCCCCCUUUUUCCUCCAAACGUAACGAUAGUCAUUAUGGCCAAACAGUUCUAUUUUUAUUUCAUCAGACCAGAGGACAUUUCUCCAAAAAGUAUGAUCUUUGUCCCCAUGUGCAGUUGCAAACCGUAGUCUGGCUUUUAUAUGGUGGUUUUGGAGCAGUGGCUUCUUCCUUUCUGAGCGGCCUUUCAGGUUAUGUCGAUAUAGGACUCGUUUUACUGUGGAUAUAGAUACUUUUGUACCUGUUUCCUCCAGCAUCUUCACAAGGUCCUUUGCUGUUGUUCUGGGAUUGAUUUGCAAUUUCCACACCAAAGCUGAAAUAGAUAAUUCUCUCUACUAUUAUUCUAACAUUUCACAUUCUUAAAAUAAAGUGGUGAUCCUAACUGACCUAAAACAGGUACUUUUACUUGGAUUAAAUGUCAGGAAUUGUGAAAAACUGAGUUUAAAUUUAUUUGGCUAAGGUGUAUGUAAACUUCCGACUUCAACUGUACAUAUCCUUUAAAAAAAAAUAUUUCCCUUUAUUACUUUUCAACCCCACCACCUCUUCCCUAAUUGGAGUAAACUAGUGAACAACAAUGCUUAGGCCUCUACUUCCAGCCCAUACAUACUAUAUACAUUUUAUGGACACAGUCAAUUUUACAAUAAUUCCAUUUAGUUUGUUUUUACUCCUGAACUUCCUCUACCCUCAACCUCUCCGAUCAUUUUCAUGAUGUCCAUCCGGUUUGCUUCUAUAUGCCAUAUCUCUCCAACUGUGCUCCUCCAUAAAAGCUCUCAACCUAUAACCUAUAUACAUUUACAUUUUAGUCAUUUAGCAGACGCUCUUAUCCAGAGCAACUUACAGUUAGUGAGUUCAUACAUUAUUAUUUUAUUUUUCAUACUGGCCCCCCGUGGGAAUUGAACCCACAACCCUGGCGUUGCAAACGCCAUGCUCUACCAACUGAGCUACAUCCCUGCCAGCCAUUCCCUCCCCUACCCUGGACGACGCUGGGCCAAUUGUGCGCCGCCCCAUUGGUCUCCCGGUCGCGGCCGGCUACGACAGAGCCUGGAUGCCCUAUCUGCUGUAUCUUAGUGAUGUGUCUUGUUGAGAUGUAAGGUCAGCGGAGGGAUCAUGUGUAAAUAAGUGUGUAUUCUCUGUGUGUGUCCCAGGUGAGGAAGCCACUGAGUGCCUGAUGAACAUGAGCCCUUCAGAGCUAAAGAGCCUCCUGCACCACAUUCUCAGUGGGAAAGAGUUUGGGCUGAUGAAGAGUGGUGAGUGACAAUGGCUUCAAUCAUCAUUGCUAUUAGUAGCCUAAUGCAAAGCUACUCAAAACCAGCACGUACGUUUCUGUGUUUCAUCUUAACAUUAUUUUGUUAAGUAGCCAUUUGGCUGUGGUGUUCUUUAUUUGAAGUGAAUAAUUGUUUCUACUGUAUAUUUGCAGUGCGUUCGGGUGCCACAGGUACAGACUCCAUUGCCAUCCAGGAGAUUUCUCCUACCUCUAAGAGUGUGGGCGGGGGCAAACGUAAGAGUAAAAUGGGGAAAAUGGUAAGUACACUAUACUGUGUUAUGACUGCAUACAGAAACAGUAAACAUGACAGAGAUCCAACAGCCUCCAACUGUAUGGUGAUCUAUGUAAUCAAUACUAAUCAAUACAGAUAUAUCAUUAAAGAUAUAUGAAUGUACACACUGAUAUAUUUGCUUUUUACUUGUGUGUUGCAGUCCUUAUCAGUGCAUUCCCUUGACAUCGAGAACAUCGAAUCAGGGGUGAGUGGCUUGGGUCAGAGAGUACAGAAAGUAGACAUUGAGCAUGUAUGUAUAUACACGGAGUGUACAAAACAUUACGAACACCUGCUCUUUCCAUGACAUAGACUGACCAGGUGAAUCCAGGUGAAAGCUAUGAUCCCUUAUUGGUGUCACCUGUUAAAUCCACUUAAAUCAGUGUAGAUGCCUUGAGACAAUUGAAACAUGGAUUGUGUAUGUCUGCCAUUCAGAGGGUAAAUGGGCAAGACAAAAUAUUUAAGUGCCUUUGAAUGGGGUAUGGCAGAUGCCAGGCGCACCGGUUUGAGUGUGUCAAGAUGUGCACCGCUGCUGGGUUUUUCAUGCUCAACAGUCUCCUGUGUGUAUGAAGAAUGGUCCACUACCCAAAGGACAUCCAGCCAACUUGACACAACUGUGGGAAACAUUGAAGUCAACAUGGGCCAGCAUCCCUGUGGAUCGAUUUCGACACCUUGUAGUCCGUGCCCAGAUGAAUUGAGGUUGUUGAGGUCAAAAGGGGGUGCAACCCAAUAUUAGGAAGGUGUUCCUAAUGUUUUGUACACUCAGUGUAUAUAUUUUAAUAGAUAGAGAGUCAGGUCCCAAAUGAUUGCCACCCUUGAUAAAGAUGAGCAAAAAAGACUGUAUAAAAUAAAUUAUACAAAUACUGAGCUAUAUUGUACGUAAAAAAAAUAUAUAUAUAUAUAUAUAAUAAAAAAAAUUAUUAUACUAAUACAAUUGCUCAGAGAAAGAGAUUCUGUUUAACAAGUAAUAAAAAAAUAUAUUAAAAAAGAUAAGGGUGAAAAUUAUUGGCACUCCUGUUUUCAAUACUCCAGCACCGACACCUUGCGAGGAUAACGGCACUGAGCCUUUUUCUAAAAUAUUUUAUGAGAUUGGAGAACAUGUUGGGAGGGAUAUUAGACCAUUUCUCCAUACAGAAUCUUUCCAGAUCCUUGAUAUCCUUCGCCUGCGCCUAUGGACUGCCCUCUUCGAUUCAAACCACAGAUUUUCAUUUUUUACAUAGGCAAAAACAAUAGACAACUUAACAUUUACAUACAUUGAUGACCCACUUGCUCAGACCCACAUCUUCCGACCGUAUACACACCCAAUGUUGUUUCUAAUGCUUGUAAGACUCUGCCCCAUAUAACUUCAGAUCAUGUUGUUUCUGUCUUUUUCUGUCUAUAUGUUUUUCAAUAUUUUAAUAAUAAAGCAUUUGAUUCUUCCAUUGUCUUAACGUAAACCACAGGUUUUCAAUGGGGUUCAAGCCCGGAGACAGAUGGCAAUUGCAAAAUGUUUAUUUUGUGGUCAAAGGAUCUGGAAAGAUUCCAUACGGAGGAAUGGUCUGAGGUCCCUCCCAAUGUGUUCUCCAAUCUCAUACAACAUUUUAGUGUCUUUAUCCCCAUAAGAGGAGGGUGCUAAAAUACUCAAAACAGGGGUGCCAAUAAUUUGGACCCCUCUUUUUUAGAUGUAUUUCUAUUACCUGUUGAACAGAAUCUGUUUCUCUUAGCAAUUAUAUCAGUAUAAAAUCAUAUAAUUUCCCCUUUUUUUGCAUGCAAUAUAGCUCAGUAUUUUAAUUUUUUAUUUUAUAGUCUUUUUUGCUCAUCUUUAUCAAGGGAUCCAAUAAUUAUGUACCUGACUGUAUAUAUGAAUAUGUAUAUAACGUCUGGGAAUACAAUACCACAAAUAUGUAUUAUAUGUGAUAAACUCAAGUGGUUUUAUACGAACUAGCAAUGAAGAGAAAGCUUAACUAUAAGUGUUUGUUUUCCCCCUGGUAUGCUCCAGCGGUACAGACUCCCCUCCAUCGAGUCGUUCCACAGCGCUACAGAAAAGAUGGGAGUAAGAGACAGCCGCCAUGGCCAGUGGUUACGUAGGAGACGUCUAGACGGAGCCCUCAACAGAGUCCCUGUUGGCUUCUACCAGAAGGUCUGGUCCAUCCUCCAGAAGGUGAGAUGUUGUGGGUGCUGCGCUCUUAUUCUUCUAUAGUAGUCCAAACACUGUUCUAGCUGGUACAUAUCGAAUUAGCAUCCACCGCACAUGAAACAUGUUUCUACCUGGUGCAUAGAUGUAAUUGUCAUACGUUUUUUUCAGUGUCAUGGUCUGUCUAUUGUGGGAUGCAUUCUUCCAGCAUCAACUACAAGAGAGGUAAGCCAAAAAAGAUCUACAGGCUGAGCCAUAUCAACUUCAUGUUGCUCUGUAGAAUACUCCUUAAUCUAAAUGAUUUCAUCUUCCUGUACUCGUUCAAGCACCUCUGACCAGAUUUCAAUAUCACACUACAUGUAUUGUCUAUUUCCUACCCAUUCAUCUCUCCUGGGGGUUGUUGAUAACAGAUGACCCCUGGUGAGAUCAAGUUUGCGGUUCACGUGGAGACAGUGCUGAACCGUGUGCCCCAGCCGGAGUACCGUCAGCUGCUGGUGGAGGCCAUACUGGUGCUCACCCUGUUGGCCGAGGUGGAGCUGGAGAGCAUCGGCAAUGUCAUCCAUGUAGAUAAGAUAGUCCACAUGGCCAGCCAAAUGUUCUACGACGACCAGGUCAGUCAGUGGCCAUACAGUAGUUUCACCUCUGCUGGGAGUGGGACCGCUGUUCUUAACAGCAUUGAUUUUCACAGUGGAACAUAUUGUUAUUUAUUUUACCUAAUUUAUUGUGCUUGUCAUUCAGUUACAUGUACUAUUUAUUUCAUAUUUAUCUAUUCAUUUACUAUUGAUCUAUUUGCUACUAUUCAGUUACAUUUCCUGUAAACCCCUACAUGAUAAUUUAGUUAAAAGACAGUAAAUAGCACAACAGGCAGUCUUUGCAAUGUCACCCUUACAUUGUGUCCAUAUUCCCCACCUCUGCAGAAAGUGCUGGGGGCUGACGACACCCUUCUGGAGAUAGAUCAGUCCAAUGGGAUCUGCAGGCUGCUGUAUGACAGUGCCCCUAGUGGCCGCUAUGGCACUAUGACCUACCUCUCUAAAGCUGUGUGUACCUACGUCCAGGACUUCCUGCCCAGCGGUGCCUGUGCCAUCCAAUGAGCUUCUAUGUGUCUGUGCCCUCCAAUUAGCUUUCAGCAACACAUACUGUACUAGGGCUCAGAACCUGAGAAAGGAUGAUUUUAUCGUAGUCAACCAACCUUUUCCUCAUGGAGGUUAAUUUGUUUUGAUAUAUCACAUAGCCCAACAAGCUUGUGCCUGACAUAGACAAUCGCUGUGAGAGGUCUCAGUAUUUUAAAUACCAACUUCCUCUUAUAAUAUGGCAGAUUAUUCUUAUAAAAAUCCAUGUAGCUAGGUUUCCAGGCUUGUUGUUAUUCACAUCAGGUAGAUGUUUCUUACCAGAAAGAUGGCGCACUGUGAUUCUAUGUCAUAGGGAGCGAUUGCUGCAAUACUAGUGGUAAUGAAAUUAGUUGUCGUUGCUGCUUUUGAAAAUGAUAAUUCUCCUAUUGUGUUUUUGUGACAGAUGUAUAGUAUGGAUCUUUGAUUAAUAAAGUAUAGUGACAAUCUUCA